UCUUGUUCUUUGCAGGCCAUAAUACGUAGUUAAAUCGUAGUUGAGGACUUGAGGUUAAAUCGAGACUGUCCUCAUUAGACCUUGUGAUUAUAUUUCAGAAUCUCCGCAGACAAUUGAAAGCUUUGAAAAAAACUACUUUCAGGUCGUCAAAAGAAGUCGAUUUGCAGGUCAUCAGAAAUAGCCGCCGAAAACCAAGGACUCAGCGAUGGUGUUCAGAGCACUGCAGGCUGCGCGGCUGUUUGGCCUGCUGUUGCUGCUUUCUGUUCAUCGUUAUAAUUCAGUAGCAGGGGACUUCGACCUCUCGAGCUCCAACACAAGAGUUGAGUCGGAUGCCGAAACUUACUCCCAGGGCGAAAUAAAUGAAAAUGAAGCCAUUAUACAAGAAGACAUGGUAAAUUUAAACGUACAUCGUCACAAGCCUUCUGUCAUCAACAAAUUUGAUGGCAAAGUACAAAUUAAUACCGCAGAUGGCACGCAAAAAGAAGCUAUAAAGUCUAAUCUAAAUGAAGAAAAUACCGCGCAAACUGCAAAAUACUGGCGGGGUACAGAUGUCACUUUGAAUGCAAAGAGCAAAAGAGCUGCAGACGAAACGGGCAUUCUUUCAGGUACGGAAGUCCUGAAAAAAUCAGAAAGUCGACUAAAUCAUGUAGCAAUGCAAGAUAAUGUUCCUCCUGUUGAUGAAAUAAAGGCUGAACAACAACCAAGCAAGCUCAGUGUCGUGAAGCUCCGUUCCAGUGAAGAAGAACUGAAUUCGCCUUCGCAGGAUAUUAUCACAGAAGACACCGGUCAUUCUGUAGAAGACAUGGCGCACGAAAUGAUUGAGAUCAUUGGUGAUGAUGGGAGCUCGAACUCCACAGACGACGAUGAUGAAUAUUCAGCGGUUCAAGUGAGGGAGCUGGCGAUCAUCGGGGGAGGGAUCUGCCUCAUCGCGGCAUUCUUUCUUCUGCUUAUCUGCUGCGGGAAAACAAUUGAUCCGCCCGGAGAUACAGAAGCUGACAUCGCAGUGCCACCUGAGAUUCCCCGUACCGGUAGCUCGGCUGGACGAACAUCGCCGGCAGGUUUUGAAAACAAUUCAACAACUGACACUAAGUCCACCAUGAAUGAAGAAGCUGAGCCACUGAUGAACCCAACUACCGAUAGAAGUGAUUCUUAUCCCGUGAUAGCCGAUUCAUUGGUUGGAGCUGCAAUCGAUUCCGAAAGCCUCCACUCUUGUGGAAACGAUCAAUAUCCGAAGACAACCGCCGAAAAUAAUUCCAGCGAUGCAGCAAUAUCAGUUCCACCUUUCAGUGCUACUAGUGAUGACAAAAAUUGUGCAAGCGAAAACAUCGUCGUUAACAAUCUUGUGGAAAUUUCUUCUGGUACAACACCUGCGCCAUCUUCGGCUGCUGGAGACAAAAUAAAGGACGACAUUGGUCUGGCGGACUCCAUGACCUCAAGCGUCCAUUGCUUAGCAAAAGUUAAGACGCCCGAUGAAACAUCGGCAACAUCAGGUGUUGAUUUUACAGAAGCUGAAAUCUUUUCUCUGCUGAAAGUCGAUACCUCAUCGGCGAAAAUCGCUGCCACUCCGACGGCAACAAGUGAGGCCACUCCGACGGCAACAAGUGAGGCCACUCCGAAGACAACAAAUGAGGCCACUCCGACGGCAACCAGUGAGGCCACUCCGACGGCAACUAGUGAGGCCACUCCGGCGGCAACUAGUGAGGCCACUCCGGCGGCAACUAGUGAGGCCACUCCGGUGGCAACAUGA